UAUGAUGGAGUCUCCAAAAGUGGAUGCUACAUGACGAUCCACAUCACUCCGGAGCCCGAUUUUUCGUACGUUAGCUUUGAGAGCAAUGUCGCAUCCUCUAGCUAUGGGGAUUUGAUUGCACGCGUGAUUGAUACGUUCCAACCGGGAAAGUUCAUCGUGACCGUUUUCGCAAACAAGACUUCGCCGGCAGCGAACGUGUCCCGUGAGCUUGAACACCUGGGCACCAUCGAUCAAUGGAAGCGUCGCGAUAUUCAGUUCUCGCGGUUCCCGACCUACGAUCUGACCUACGCCCAGUACUGCAAAUACCCAAGCUGAGGUUUACCGUGCCUAGCCCUCGAAGGGGCUAACCCUACUUCCCCGCUCCCGUCCCCUCCCGCUCCCUCCAAAAGAACGUUUUCAUCAUCCGUCCCUCCCCGUUCUCCUACCUUUCCUCUUCGGUGGCUUUGUUCCGUUUGUUCUUCAACAUCUUCCCGGUGCUGACUUCGCUGAGUUUCGCCAAAAACUUUUUCCUCUUUGGCGUUUCUGAUGAGGCAUACAACAAGAGCAAAAUCAUCCUCAACAAUAACAACAACGUCAACGACAUGAGUCAGAUCAGUGAAAAUGGAAAAGCGAUCAACGACAUCGAAAAAUCCGGCAUGUUAUACUUUCAACAAAUGAACGAUAAGAAUGAUGAUCAUUUGGUGAAACUGUGCGGACAGUUGAAGAAACUGUUGGACCUACCGUCUGUCCUUUUCUCUAUCAUACUGAUCCAGUUGAUAUCAUUCGUGCUUGUAUUGAACAUUGAAGAAUGCUCGCCGCUAGUUUUAUUCUCCUGGUGGCGCAACAAGAUAUCCUGAAAUUGACUACCACGCGGCAAACGAGCGGCAAGCUUAUGCUUCCUUCCGUUCUGAUGCCUUUCUCGAUUUCCACAAUUACCGUUAUUAUUAUCGCUUUGAUAAUGAUAAAUUACCGAUCAUCGCACGUUUCUGUUUCGCUCUACGACUGUGGAGCAAAGCUUUUCUAGAUGAUUUCUUCAGUCGAUACUGUGGCGACGAUGUUUGGUCCGUGGCCAAUCACCCGGUUGCUGGCCAACUGUUAGUAACCAUCACUAUAAUCGUUGCAGUGACUGUAUUCGAUAUGCGUUCACAAUCUCUAUCAGCUUUUGUUCCGAUCAAUAUCAGUAACAUCUUUAGCGUUGCCAACCACGGCGAACAGAAUGCUAAAAAAGAGAUCACAGUGAAGAAAUACAAAGAAUUACAAGCAAUUUACAGCAACAGCCGGUGGUGGAACAUGUUCUCUCUGGAUCAGUUUAUCUACAAUCAACAACAGCAUAAACAGCUAGAUGUAGUAGUCGUUCAAUGUAACCAGCACCACCGAGAGAUCCACCACCAAGGUAGCACACGUUUUAAAAUCCUAUACAAAACAAUCGCUAUUGAAGGCAACCAGUUAAUCAAUGUUGUAGAUUUCAAUUUUAUCAACAAUUGCAAUACUCCAAUUGUGCAGAUUAAAAAGAUUCUCGUUGAAAGUAUAAUAUUCGCUUAUCUAAUAUCAUUGGAUUUGUAUUCGUAGCACAAGUGAACAAUUCAGAUUCAAAAUCAGCACAUGAAAUUACAAACAUUACACAAACAUUAAAAACAUAUACUACGGAUAUUUGAACAAGAAAGAAUACAAAGUAUUUUAACAAAAACAACCAGAUUUAUCUGCAAUUGAGCAGAACUUUCAACUGUAAUAGUAUUUUAUAUCCCAAUUUCCUUACUGUCAAACAUCCCAAAUGAAAACGUCUCACCAAUUCCCCUAAUAUGAACAAAAAAAAUGAUGAUAUAAAACAAGCGUCCCAAAUGACGUUAAAACAUUAUGACUCAUGAUGAACUUUUCAAGACACAUUAAAUAUAACCAGAAUAAAGCAAGAAGCUGAAAAGCCAAUUAAAUAUAAAAAGUUUAAUAAUAAAAAUAAUACAAAUUACAUAAACUAGCAAUUACGACAAAACAGCAGAGGAAUGUAAUAAGAUGGUUCUAAACAAAACUACAAUGUCAAGAAUGAUGAAACGAUAAAAAAAAAUACUAGAGAAGGUUUUACCAUUGAAUGAAUAUUAUGAAGCUCAUUGAUAUUUCCUUACACAGUAAUACUGAGAAAACAACAGAUAAAACAAGGUUAACUAUAUGG